AAGAUCGAAAGCUUUGUAUUGCUUCUAAGUUCUAACUUUUAUCAUUUUCGACCAAAAAAAUCGUUUUAAACUAAACUUUUUCGACACAUUUCGCUCGUCCGACCUUCCUUACACAACAAUGAGUUACGAUAGAGGCCGUGGACCGCCGAAUAUCGAAGGGAUGACAAGUUUAAAGGUGGACAAUCUGACGUACCGAACGACAGUUGAAGAUUUGAAGAAGGUCUUUAGUAAAUAUGGAGAUGUCGGAGACGUUUAUAUACCACGCGAUGCUAGGACGAAUCAGUCGAGAGGAUUUGCUUUUGUACGCUUCUACGAAAGACGAGACGCCGAAGACGCUAUGGAUCGUGUGGAUGGGUCAGUGUUAGACGGACGAGAGAUUCGUGUUCAGAACGCAAAGUAUGGUAGACCACAAAAUGACUACAGACAAAGGUCUGGUGGUAGAGAUCGGGGUUAUGACCGCAGCAGAGGACGAAGAUCAUACUCGCCACGUCGUCGCAGGUCUAGGUCAAGAUCUUAUUCUCCCAAACGGAGGUCCAAGUCACCAAGGGGCCGAAGAUCAAGAUCCCGCUCGCCACGGCGCCGUACUUCAAGAUCACCUGGGCAAGAUCGUCAUCGCGGUUCUAGAAGUCAGUCACCGAAAAGAACCAGUCAGUCUCCAGAAAGAAAUGGUUCUCCGACACGCAAUAGAAAGUCAUCAUCUCCAGACAAAUCAUCCUAGUGUUGCAAACAAAAAAAUUUAAAAUUGUAGCAUUUUUAAAAAGCAGAGGUAAUUUUUCCUCUAUGAUGAUGAUUCACAUUAGACAUAGUACAUAUAGUAAGGUUUUUUCAGUGUCUUAAAACUCCUGUAAAAUACAAACACUGUUUUGCUGGGAUACUUGAGUGUGGUAUAUAAUUUUCCUCAUGAAAGGAUAAAAGAAAU